AUGGAUAACAAAUAUAUAGAAGAAUUUGAGCAUUUAGAUUAGGAUUAGAAAAGUUAAAUGUUAAAGAACAUGAAAUAAUUCAUUUCUUAAUUGUAGUUAUAGAUUUAAGAUCUUGAGAAGAGUGCUAUUGAUAUAAUAAUGGAGAAAGAUGAGAAAAUAUAAUAGUUAGAAGCCAUGAUUCAGGCCAAUCAUGGAUCUAAACAGCAUAAUAAAGAUGAUGAAAUUAUGCAACUCAAAAAGUAAGUAAUCUGUCUGAACAUAGUCACAUCAACGAAUUAAAUUAGAGGAUUGACGCAAUCUAGAUGAAACAUUUCGAGCAAUUAUAAGAAUAGGAAAGAAAGUGGAACACUUACUUAUUAGAUCAAAUCCAACAAAGUAGUAAUGAUGGGCAAUAAGAGAAAAUAGAAAUGUUAGAAACCUUGCAUUAUUUAGAAGAAAAAGUAUAUUCACUUGAUAGAGAAGUAUAAAAUUCUGUUAUUCUAGUUGGAAAUGAAAGAGAAUUAAUCGAUGUUCGAUAGGAACACUAUCAAUUAGUUAACAAAUAUUAAUUAAUAGCUAAUAGACGAAAGCCAAGAACUAAACUAACAGUUAAUCAAAAUGUAGAGGCAAAUGGAAUUAAUGAAAGAACAUUUUUAGAAGGAGAAAAAUACCAUAGAUAUUAAAAUUAAUGUAUUCAUUUCAAUUUAUACUAGAAAUAAAAUAUCCAAAUAAGUUAAAUAUCAAAAUAGGCAUCGGCACUAAAACUUCAAAAUAAUAAAUUAGCAUAAAAUAACAAAGAUCUACUUAAUCAAAUAAGUGAAUUGAAAGAUUAGUUGGAAACACAGAGUGAAUGUAAAGACAAGGUUCUUUCUGAAAAUUACCAAUUGUAAUGGACAGCUCAUUCAACUGAUUAAAAUUAAAGAGAAGACACCAAUAUAACAGCUUUUGAGUUAUUGGAGGAUAGUUAUGAGGAUAAAGAUGUGACUACUAAUCUAAGAAGAGCCUUAGAUGAAAAGUCGGAGUUGUGCAUCUAAUAUGAAGAUUGUCUUCGUUAAUCAACUAAAUAGUUAAAGGAGCAAAAAGCUUAAUUACAACUUUUAUAAAAUUAACUCAAAAUUAUAAGGAAAUAGUAGUUUAAUUAGAGGAACCUUAAAGAAUAUGUUCAGAUGUUGGAAAGUGAUUAUUUGGUUUCAAAAUAAUUAUUAUGCGAAAAGGCUGACAAAUAUUAAGAAUAAGUUAUAUUAUUAAGUUAAGAAAACUAUGACCUCAAACAAAAAAUAAAAUGUUUCUAAACUAGAUUACAUAAAAAACUUAACUGA